UAUGGUGACGAUUGACUCUUGCUACGACCUCUAGUCGUUUCUAACAAUCCAUUACAGUGUUAUCACGCCGCGACUAGAAAACCUCUGCUCGUGAAAGUUCCGUUCCGAAAGUCUCGCGUGUCAGCUGUGUUUUUCGUCGCUGAGACCACGCUUCCUUUUUCUCGAUUCACAACGAUCGACAGAAUUCUCGAACGGCUCGACAUCGUUAUAAAACGUAAAAGGACAAGUUUUCCAAAAAUCUAAUAAGAAACAGUUUUCCCGCAGAGAUAUUUAUUAUAUUCUUGGAUAGAUCGCUACUGAAAGUGGUUCUUGCUAAAGAUGGACGUGCCCUCUGAUAAACUCACGAAAUAACGUGCAUCGCAUCUCAUACGCUGAACGAAAAAUUAUCGACUCGAUGUGGAUGGUGUUACUACUGACCAUCGUUCUAAAGAUUUUCCUAAAGAAGCUACGGGGAUUUAAUCGAUCACCGAGGGAAACUUUACGUAUCGAGCCUUCUCCUGCUUUUGGUUACCGAUCUAUUGGACUGUGAUCAUAAAUCUCAUUUGCUCGAUCUUAUUCGUCUGUAAGGACAUCUACUGGAUACUCCUGACAAGAAAGUAUCACAGAAGUUUAUUCGCAACCGUUUAUGAAAAGUGAAAAAACUCGGUUAAUAGCUCGAACAGUUCGAAUCGAAGAAAGAAGAAGUAUCGACGAAAACGUUGUGAACAAAAGAGUUCUUAAUGUGAAAAGAAAAUUGUUGUUUGUGGUACUUGGUUCUCGAAGGAACGUGUCAGAAAAAGUGAAUUAGUUAGUUGGAAGCAUGUGAGUAAAUGGCCGUGGCAGGAUCUUGGCAUCCUUCGAACGACCUACUAUGGGCAUCUGCCUGGACACUGAUCAACAAAAUGGAUCGCAGGUGUUCGAGGAAGCUGAUGCUCGAAGCGCGGGGAAAUGGCGAGGAGAGGCUGGCCUCUUGUCAACCCCUCCAAGCGGAUAUUUUCCACAACAGAACGUUGGUGCAGUUAAAUUCGAAGUUCCAAAAGUGCCUGUCAUAUUUGUGCUUGGUGGACCUGGUAGUGGAAAGGUGACACAUUGUGAUAAUUUGAUGCAAGAGAAAAAGGGUAUAACGCAUAUCAACAUGAUGGAUCUCCUUCAACAAUACGCUCUUGGAAAUGAUAUGCAAGAUUUCGGACAACUUAGCAGUAAAACAGUUGCGGAGGUUCUUAUGCUGGAAAUCAAAAUGUCUCCAGGUUCCAAAGUCUUUCUUGUUAGUGGUUAUCCACGCAAUAUGCGCGACGUAGUAGAAUAUGCUGAAAAAAUUAAAAUUGUAAACGGCGUGAUUCUUGUGUCCUGGAGACAGGAGAUUCUCGAAAGACAAAUCGAUUUUGGUGCACAACUUGGACAAGUAGUGAUCGAGCUAGCAAGAAUGGAACUUUAUAAUUUUUAUAGAAACGUUAUGCCCGUCGCAGAAUAUUUCGAUCAAAGUGGAAUGUUGCUAGAGAUAAACGGAGAAAGAAAUCCGAGCGAGGUGUACGUCGAUUUUCGUGAAGCGGUUUUCAAAAUUCUCGGCUUGUCGAACGAUGAAAUACAAGGAAAAAAUGCUUCUCAACCGUUAAAAACAGAAGUAGAAGUCGAGAGGAGGAAAGAAUCUAUUCCAAAAUCAUCAUCUCCUAUGGAAGAAGUGUUGGCUCAGCUAACGCAAAUACCUGUCGAGGUGAAUGUGAAACCCAUAAAAACCGCGAUCAAGUCUAGAAAAGGAUUACCCGCGUUCAUCUGGGUUAUAGGUGGCCCAGGAAGCAACAAAGAAAAUUUAUGCACUCAGGCUGUUCGUAAUAUGCCAGGCUGGGUCCAAAUUAGCAUCGGUGGUUUGCUUAGAACGAUGGCAUCGUCAAAUACUAUUGUCAACGAUGCUAUCGUCUCUGGAGAGACGGUACCACAAGACAUCGUGAUGCAAGUAGUAGAGCAGCAGAUUAUGCUAAAUCGCGACACGGAUGGCAUAGUAAUAGAUGGCUAUCCGAGGGAUUUGAAUCAAGUGCAAGAAUUUGAGAAUAAGUUUGGCCAGCAGCCACCGUUAGUAUUAUUAGACUGCUCGAAACUACAACUUGGCAGAGGAAGGAUAGAUGAUAACGUAUCUGCAUUUAGAAAGAGGCUGGAACUCUUUCGCGAAGUAUCUUUACCUAUGUUAAAAACCUUGGAUAACGAAAAUCGCUUAACAAUUAUUGAUGGCGAUACGGACGUACCAAGCGUGCAACAAGAAUUCGCGGCCGCACUUUAUCAAUUAAUGACGCAAACGCGUCGCAAAGAAGAGAAUGAUCUACACAAUCCUGAACCACAGAUGGUACAAGAAAAUGGAAACAAUGAGAAAUUAAAUACUGUUCUUAAUAAUAGGGAUCAAUCGAUCAUAUCAAACGGUGUUUCUAAGCAGAUGACCGAUGGUAAAUUAAAUGUCGAGCAAGCGGUUAAUGCUACGAAAAAUAUGAAUGGAAUACGCAGCAUACAGGGUGCUGUACGAAUCGCAAAUGGAUUAAAGAACACCGCCAGACAGGUUCAAAAAAACGGUGCUGCUCGUAUGCAAAACGGUAUUGCAAAUGGUACCACACACAUGUUGCAAAAUGGUGUUGCACAUCUGGCCAACGGAAUUAUACCAAGCAAUAACAAAGUUGCACCAGCAGUACAAAAUUAUUUGUCGAACAACACCAAAGAUGCAGUGAGGAAGAUGUACAACGAGGUCGAAGGUUACCAACAGAAUUUACACAUGUAGUUAAAAACACGUGUAAGAUCGUCGUUCGAACGAAAAAUUAAAAAGGAGAAGAGAA